AUGGCGACGCUCUUGAUCGACAAUUACGAUUCGUUUACGUACAACGUAUACCAAUACCUCUCUGCCCUCGGCGCCGACGUUGUUGUCCAUCGUAACGACAAGAUCACGAUUCCUGAGAUCGAAGCUUUGAACCCUCGCAACAUUGUGAUCUCUCCAGGCCCUGGACAUCCUUCGCAAGACGCCGGCGUUAGUCGUCAAGUAAUCUCGCAUUUUGCCGGUAAAGUGCCAAUCUUUGGCAUUUGCAUGGGUGAACAAUGCAUUUUCGAAGUGUUUGGCGGCACUGUAUCGUACGCCGGCGAUAUUCUUCACGGCAAAACAUCCACCAUCAAGCACGAUGGACGCAGCAUUUUCAAGAACGUGCCUCAGGACAACCAAGUGACACGCUAUCAUUCGCUUGCCGGCAUGCCAACAACUCUGCCUGAUGUCCUCGAAGUCACUGCAACUACGGAUAAUGGUGUCAUUAUGGGCGUUCGUCAUGUGGAAUAUACCAUUGAAGGUGUCCAAUUCCAUCCGGAAAGUAUCUUGUGCGACCAUGGUCGUACUAUGCUUGCUAACUUUUUGAAUUUGCGUGGCGGCUACUGGCACGAAAAUCCUGCUGCUGGUGUGUUGCCCAAGAAGCAAAAGGAGAAGCCUCAGCAGGCCGAGAAGCAAGAGCAGCAGCAACAACAACAACAAACCAACGGCCCUGCAUCUACUCCCACACCUUCGCCCACACCUAAUGGCGUUUCAUCUGUUUUGACUCGUAUUUACGCUCAGCGCCAGCAGGAUGUCCAGAACGCUAAGGAAGUGCCCGGACAAAGCCAAGAAGAUCUGGAAAAGCAGUUAGCACUGCACAUUGCUCCACCACUCAAGGAUUUCCCCGCCCGUGUCCGCCAGACUCCAUUGGCAUUGAUGGCCGAGGUCAAGCGUGCCUCUCCUUCCAAGGGCGAAAUUGAUAUCAAGGCGAACGCUGCAGAGCAAGCACUCAAAUACGCAUUGGCCGGUGCUAGCGUGAUUUCGGUGUUAACCGAGCCAAAGUGGUUCCGGGGUUCCUUAAGCGACAUGCGACAGGUCCGACAAGCCCUGGACCAUCUUCCCAACCGCCCAUGCAUUCUGCGCAAGGAUUUCAUUUUGGACCGUUAUCAAAUCCUCGAAGCUCGCUUGUACGGUGCAGAUACCGUGUUGUUGAUUGUCGCCAUGCUGUCGGACGAAACGCUGCAUGACUUGUACAACUAUGCCAAGGGAUUAGGCAUGGAACCGCUGGUGGAAGUGAACAAUGCGGAGGAAAUGGCACGUGCCAAUGCACUGGGCGCACAGGCUAUUGGUGUUAAUAACCGCAAUCUGCACAGUUUUGAUGUUGAUAUGGAAACCACCACUCGUCUUGCCAAAAUGGUUCCCCAAGACACCAUCCUCUGCGCUCUCUCUGGUAUUUCCAGCCGAGCUGACGUCGAGCCCAUGGUUGCCCAGGGUGUGCGUGCUAUCUUGGUUGGCGAAUCGUUGAUGCGUGCGUGGAACCUGAAGGAAUUUGUAGCCGAAUUACUGGGAUUCGAAAAGCAUGAUCCUGCAGCUGAGCCGCCAGCACCACCAAGCACGCUCGUCAAAAUUUGUGGCAUCUCUUCUGUGGAGGCAGCGGUGGAGGCAGCAAAGGCAGGUGCAGACUUGAUUGGUCUCAUUUUUGCUCCCAAAUCCAAGCGAUACGUCGGUGUGGAAAAGGCGCGCGAAAUUGUCAACGCUGUGCGUGCAUUAGACAACUCGCCCGAACAGGAACAAGAAAUUACAAGCAAGAAUACCAACAACAAUACAUCGACGGACUGGUUCGAGCUCCACAAGCAACUGUUGGAAAAGCGACCUCGCAAGCCGUUGGUCGUCGGUGUGUUUGUCAACGAAUCGGUGGAAGAGAUGACUCGGAUAGCAACUGCAGUUGGCCUUGACCUUAUCCAACUUCACGGCACAGAAUCCGCGGAGCUGGCUCGCUUCUUGCCUGUCCCGGCUAUCAAGGCAUUCCACAUGGACUCCUCGUCGUUUGACGUUGGCCAGCUUCCUCACAUCACCUACCCAGGCAAUUACCACUACGUCCUUUUGGAUGCUAAGGUAUCGGGUCUUCCAUCAGAUCAGCAAGGCGGCCGUGGUGUCAAGUUUGACUGGUCGAUCGCACAACAGGUGGUGAGCCACAAGCGUGCCGGUUAUCCUGAUAGCACUAGCUUCCCAGUUAUCUUGGCAGGCGGGUUGGAUGUAUCGAAUGUAUCUGAGGCCAUCCAUCAAGUAUCACCUUGGGCUGUGGACGUUUCGUCGGGUGUCGAGACGGACGGCGUAAAGGAUUUGGAGAAAAUCCGUGAGUUUGUCCGUCGCGCAAAGGCAGCUCAUCAAUAA